AGCUCCUCGGAACUUUCGCCUUGAUACUAUUGGGCAAGACAAGACAAGACAAGGAAGGAUGCGUGUUUUAAAAUUUUCUCCUUUGAUUCUUGUUUUGAAACAUAACCUGCCCGCAAGCCAAUAGAAGUUUCCACGCAAUGACUACAUUGUUAAUUGCAUGCAAAUUGAAUCAUCCAAGUGUGCUUCAUUGAGGUGCCGACUUGCUUGAUUGGCCGAGCAGAUCGCCUCAGGUUGAGCCCACCGCCUGACAUGUUGGUCAUCAUAUUACAGGCGACUGCACUCGGGACCAAAGAUCCUAUAGGAUCUUUGCUCAGGACAUUGCGAACGGGAAAUUCUCAGCUAAACCAGGAAAUACUCCAGCAUUUCAUCGGGCAGCAGGCACAAACCAUGAAUUAUGUUGGACAAUUGGCCGGGCAGGUAUUUGUCACGGUGAAAGAACUUUACAAGGGAUUAAAUCCUGCUACUUUAUCUGGCUGCAUCGAUAUCAUCGUUGUCCAACAGCCAGAUGGCAGUCUCCAGUGCUCCCCAUUCCAUGUUCGCUUUGGGAAACUAGGAGUGCUUCGAUCCAGAGAAAAAGUGGUGGAUAUAGAAAUCAAUGGAGAACCUGUACAACUGCAGAUGAAGCUUGGUGACAAUGGGGAGGCCUUUUUUGUUCAAGAGACAACAAAUAAUAAGGUAAAUGUUCCUUCACACCUUGCCACUUCACCUAUAAUAACUUCUGAAGGUGCUGCAUUGAUGGAGGCCACAAUGGGUAGAAGCUUUCUUGAUAAGCAGAGAAACCUGGAAUCUACUGGAACCUUGCAAGCUUCAACAUCUGUUCACAUUACACCAUCUUCUUUAGAAAACCAAUCGAGCAGUAGCUCUGCGAAGAAAAGAAGAAAAAAGAGACGCAAAUCAAGGCUUGAUAGCAUAAGGAGAGAUACUGUUGGUGAUACGUCAGAGAAUGAAGACAUGUUUCCUAUUGAAAUCAGCUCUGAAGAAGAGGCGGAAUUAACUGAGACUUCAACAAGGAACUCAACACAUAUGCACAGUGACCAACAAGUGCAGGCUAGAGGCUUGGUUAAUAUAACUCAGUCUUCACUGCAUCCCCAUUCAGACAGUGAAUGUUCAUCCAGGCGCAGUCAUUCAAGAUUUUGCUCUCCUACGCCAAAUAGUGAUUCCGAAUUGGUCAACAAGUCAUCGGAAAGAGGGAUACGUAAUACGGAAAUGCACUGGGCUUGGGGAGAACUACCUCACACUGCCAAGCUCAUUACUCAUCAGAAGGCAGAAGAACUUAACAGGGUAAACAUUACGCUGUCAGGAAACACUCACUUCAGGACAAUUGACAGUGACCCAUUUGUAAAUUCUCACGACAAUUCGACUCCCCCGCCAUUAGUGAAACCUGAGCCUUUAACAGUGGGAGAAGUUAUGUCGCAGUCUAUGGACAAUUUCACAUGUAGUUCAGAACACAUUGAACCUCCCAUAGCAAUUGCUCCAUUGGUUCAAGAAAAUGAGGAGUCGAACGAUACUGGGAAUCCGAUCAAGCCAGUCGAUAAAACUGAUUCCCCAUCCAAGAAGAAAGAUAAACGAAGUUGCCACCUGGGUGCUGAUGGUGUCUACCUGGAUGAUAUCACGGAGAUGAACCCUAAAGUUGCAGCGCUUUAUUUUCCAAAAUGUGAAAACAAUGCAGCUGGUCGAAACUGGUCAGAACAUGAAGUACAUUCGGAAAGUCUGUCACCACAGUCAGUAGGAAGCUCUGGAGUGGAUAGUGGUGUUGACAGCUUCUAUGACACUCUUGGGGACUUGCCAACUAUUGCUAUUUCACUCUGUGGUGGGCUAAAUGACUACAAAGAAAUAACAAAUGAACAAUUUAUGAGGCGUUCUAUAUCAUAUCAAGAGUUUGCAGUGAAUCCAGGAAUCAUUGAUGAUCCCAAUCUGGUGGUAAAGAUUGGAAGCAAGUAUUAUAAUUGGUCAACAGCUGCUCCUGUGCUUCUUGCUGUUCAGGCAUUCCAGAAACCAUUGCCAAAGGCAACAAUGGAAAAACUAAUUAAAGAAAAGAUGCCCAAGAAAGGAGGCAGAUGGUGGUUUUCAUGGCGUGGAAAAAAACCCAGUAUAAAAGUGGAACCAGAAAUUGAACAGAUCCAAAGUAGGCAGGAUGCAAGACAGCAAUCUACACUCCCUGGAAGCAGGUUAGAAGAUGAAUCAUCAUCAAGUGAUGAAGAUGUCAGAAUGAUCAAUCAUAUUAGUAGUGUGGGCCAGCAAGAUCACGAUCUGUCAUCUUCGUCCUGCGUUUCAUAUGUGAAGUCCCUUCGCCUUGUCUCUGACCAGCUCAAAAGACUCCAACUAAGGGAAGGCUCAAAUGAUGUCGUGUUCAGUGUCACCACACAAUAUCAGGGCACAUGUCGGUGUGAAGGAACUAUCUACCUCUGGAACUGGAAUGACAAAAUUGUUAUUUCUGAUAUUGAUGGAACAAUUACAAGAUCUGAUGCUUUGGGGCAUAUCUUACCAACACUUGGUAAGGAUUGGACGCAUCAAGGCAUAGCAAAGCUUUACCAUAAAGUGAGCCAAAAUGGAUACAAGUUCCUGUAUUGCUCAGCACGAGCCAUUGGGAUGGCUGAUAUGACUCGUGGAUAUUUGCACUGGGUUAAUGAAAAGGGAACAGUCUUGCCAAAAGGCCCUCUAUUGCUGUGUCCCAGUAGUGUAUUCUCAGCAUUGCACAGAGAAGUAAUCGAAAAGAAGCCUGAAAAGUUCAAGAUUCAAUGCCUAACAGACAUCAGGAACCUCUUUUAUCCAAAUAAAGAGCCCUUCUAUGCUGCCUUUGGAAACCGAUCGAAUGAUGUUUACUCUUAUAAACAAGUUGGUGUCCCAAUAAACAGAAUUUUUACAGUCAAUCCUAAAGGUGAACUAAUACAGGAACAUGCAAAAACCAAUGUUUCAUCUUACGUAAGGCUGAGUGAAAUAGUUGACCACGUGUUCCCUCUACUGAAGCGAGAACAAUCCUCUGACUUUCCUUGUUCGGACAUCUACAGCCAAUUCACAUACUGGAGAGAGCAGCUACCUGCUGUGGAAAACCGGGACCUUCAAGCUUCCCCGAGUUUAACAUGAAAGCAUCAUGAAUUGGUUUUUGUAGCUUAAAGGAAGGCAGGCAGACAGAUAGGCAACGUUCUCACUGUUUUACGCUGUCAUUUCCUCUUCCCCUGGCUUUAUGGAAGCAGGGGAGUUCCUAUGCUGUCACUGAGCAUUUUACUCUAUUUGUUGUUAAGAAUCUUGCAGAGUGAAGUCAUUUGGAUAUGAGUUGCAUCUUAAGCACCAGUUUUUAUUUUGUAAAAUAAGUUGUUUAUGUUAUUGACAUUUUUGUACCAUCUGGUCUAUUGCUAUCACAGUUACUUUAAGAUCAUUCUCCUCAUUUAAUCAUUUAUCAUUGUGGAAAUAACAGUGUUGCACUCAAAUUUACUAUUUAUUUUUCUCAACAAACAGAACCAUGAUUAUUUAUAGAAUGCAUUUUUAAUAAUUAGUUUGAGACACUUACUUUUGAUCCGGCUCACAAGAUGCUUCAGUAAACAUUGUUUCAAAGACUGAACUAGCUUAAUCAUUUGCCUUCACCAGAUGUUUUUCACCCACCACCCCCACACACAUCUACCUCUUUUCCUCUCCUGAGGGCAGUGACUCCAGCUGGCCUAUAGUUCUGCAGCUGGAAGCUGUGGUUUACUGCACCAAUUUUCUCAUCCACCACUCCACGUACAUUCACUUUGUCAGGAAUAAUAUUUCACAAGCAAGUGCAGGAGCAGCUGAAGUCAGCUUUAGCCUGCUUCAGCAUAGGAUGCCCAUUGAAACCGGUGAAUUUUGUUGGUAGAUAGUUACUUGAUUAAAAUGAGGAUAAAUGAUUUUUGCAUUUUAAUUUAUAAGUAGUUUUUGCAUACACUAAUGCAUAGGAUUUAACUUUCUGCAGAAAAUAUAAUGAAUAGGCGAUGCUUCUCAUAUGUUCUUAAAUGCAAUACAGAUACAUAUCUUGCAAAUAUUUUUGUAAUUAUGGCAAAAUAGUUGUAAUACAGAUCUAUAUUUUCUAAAAGCAGAGUAUAUAGAUGCUGGAAAUCUGAAAUAAAAAUAAAAAUGAUGGAAACUCAGCAGAUCAGGCAACAUCCAUGGCAUCUGAGAAACAGUAAACAUUUCAAAAUGAUGACCGUCAGAUACCCAAUGAAGAUCAAUGUCAUGAAAUGUCCACCAUUUCUCUCUUCACUGAUGUGAUCUAAUUUGCUGAUCACUUCCUGCAUUUGAGUGUCUUUAAGCAUAUCUUUCCUGGAUGGCUAUAGAUUCAGUUUAUGAUAGUGUUUUGGGAUUGUUGUCCUUAUUGCAGCCUGUAAUUCAGGAUAUCUUGGAAGAAUACAAUCAAGGGUCUUGUUCCUAGGCCUGUCCAAGGACUGCACUGUGGAACGUGGUUGGAGGAGUUGAUGUAAUUCACUCAACCGUCUUGUUUAGUAAAUAAGCAACAGACCCAAGUAGUAGUGUGUACAUUUUAAAGGUCUGUAAAUGAAUUUGGCUGUCUAAAGAGAGAAAAUUUAAAUUGGAAAGGAUAAUCUUUCAGUGAGCUUGCUACAUAAUUUGACUGAUUCUCUUUUCACAGUGAUUAUUUUAAGAACUCUUUGAACUCCAAUAUGGAACUACCUAAUCAUUUGUAAGGGGGAUAAAAUGAAUCCACAAAUGACAUUUGGCUUGGCUCUAGAAUAAUAUUAAAAAUCAGAAUAUUUCCUAUGCUCUUUCAUAUAUGCUGAUAUUGUCACAAUUUGGAAAUCGCCGUUCUUGUGAUGCAUGCAAGGUUAUGACCGUGGGCUUUAUAACUGUGACUAACAUGGGAAAAGUUGGGCCCCGAGCUUAAUGCAGAGGGUAUUUUCUUUCUAUGAAAGAUAAAUAAUUGAAGCUUUGUUUUCAAAUCUAUUGUUCUGCUACAUUUACGAAAACUAUCACAACUCCUGUGUACUGAAUUGCAGUGUUGCUGGAGAUAAAUAAAAAUUUCAAUAAAUACAUUAUACUAUUAAACUGCGUAUGUUACUAGUUUUUACCUAUAGCUUACCUAUAUUUAGGAUCUGUUUGGGGAAUUCUUAAUUAAAAGACCUUGUACAAGGUCACGGUAAAAUGAGAUGAGUUUUUAAUAUGCCCAAUGAGGAGAUGAUGAGGCAAAGAGGUUUGGGUAAAUGGAGGGAAAGGGAUCUUUUGUGGGCUGGAGUCACAAACUAAAUUGUCGGUUCUGCCAAUUUAUUGAGAUUGCUGCAUGGCAUUCAUGAAUGCAGUUUUACUUUUUCGUAAAAGCAAUUAUGAAAUGAGUACCUUUAAGGAAGAUUAGUGAGGCAGUAGACAGGAUUUAAAGGGUUCAAUUGAUAGGCAAAGGAACUGAGAGAGGCACAAGAGAAAUCAAAUAUUCCUACUUCAUUGAAUAGCUACAUACUACAAUGAAUCUAAAUUAUUCAUGGCUCAGCGAUAGAUAAUUAAAGAUUAAGAUCAUGAAAGAACACUUUUUAUCCACCACUGUUAUUCAUGGUAAUGUUCUGUGAGAUCUAUUUUGGGCAUAAGUUAUUCUACUGUUGUUGGAACUUUGAAUCUGAAAGAGAUUCCAAUGUAAUUUUCAGAUAGAGUCAAAGAGUGAUACAGUGUGGAAACAGGCCCUUCGGCUCAACUUGCCCAUACCGGCCAACAUGCCCCAGGUACAGUAGCCCUACCAGCCCACGUUUGAUCUAUACCCCUCCAAACCUGUCUUAUCCAGAUAUUAAUCUUUUGAGGAAGAUUUGAGGGUGUAAUUAGACUAGCUGCAAAUCAAUAAGCAUAUACAGAACAAUUAAAGAUGGUGGUGGCACGACAGGUUGCUGCGCCCCUCUAGAUCAAAACGGUGCUAAUUUGUGUCUUAUUCGUGAUGAUAACCGUGUUCAAGAAGUCACCAACCUGCAUCACACUGACCUGGGAACUGUCGGAGUACAAGUAUACCA